AUGGAAGUAAUUGAUGCUGUUCAGCUUCACUCUCAAGUUAUCAACUUUUUGAACGAGCUGAUUCAGUACUGGAAAGACCGUUAUCGAGAGAUGGCUAGUACUUCGAUUUGGCCUCGUCCUCCAGUUCAUGAGGUUUCUAUCUGUGCCAUCAAAAACACUCGCAGAAAAAUGGAGGAUCGUCAUGUAGUACUUCAUGAUCUGAAUGUAGCCUGUUGUCUCCAGAACCUUCCUCAUCACAGCUAUUAUGCUGUAUUUGAUGGCCAUGCGGGAAUGGAAGCUGCCAGCUAUUCCGCUGCUCACCUACACUGGGAAAUAGUUCAACACCCUGCUUUUCUUUCAAACACACCAACUGCUAUAAAAGAAGCAUUUAAGACAACUGACAGACAUCUUCUUGAGAGAUCUUUCAGAGAGGGUAUUAAAAGUGGGUGUACAGCAGUAUGUUGCAUUAUAAGAGAAAAGACACUUUAUCUUACCUGGCUUGGAGACUCCCAGGCUAUGGUUGUUCGUCAGGGUGUACCCUUAGGUGUUAUGUCACCACACAAGCCGGACCGAGAGGAUGAAAGACGAAGGAUAGAGAAUGCGGGAGGAUGUGUACUGUUCAUAGGUACUUGGAGAGUAAACGGAACCUUGGCUGUAUCUAGAGCGCUAGGAGAUCCAGAGCACAAGCCUUAUGUCAUUUGUGUACCUGAUGUUAUUACAGUUAACUUGGAUGGAACAGAAGACUUUGUGAUUCUCGGCUGUGAUGGAUUGUGGGAUCGAAUGACCCCUUCAGAUGUAGUUACAUCUGUUUACUGUCAUGUCAAAGAAAAUCCCAAUAAUGUAGAGAAUGUAUCAUCAUGUUUAGUACACGAGGCUAAAGACAAAGGUUCUAACGACAAUAUUACUGCCAUUGUGGUAUUUCUUAGAGAUCCAGCAGAUCUAGCCAACAGUCCUAUGCCUGUCCCGGUGAUGUUCCCACAGCUGCAAGGCGAACUAAGAACCUUUGGCACACAAAUCAUUGGUGAUGAUGGUGCAUUACUUAGCUGUGGCCCAGACUAUUUGGAGAAUUUUAGCAAAACUCAAAAACAUGAGCACUGGAAACGGAAGUCUCAUAGUGGAAUUGAACAGUCUGGGAUCUCUCAAAGUAACCCAGUUGGAACUAACAGGCCUGAGGAGAUUUAUCGACCCUCCACUAUGGACGUCAUGCCUGAAAGAACGGAGCUCAGUGAACUGCCUACUCCACCCAUUGAUGAAGUAAUGAACAUCAAGAAGUUGGAAAUGUAUUCAGAAAGUGUAGAAAAAACAACGAAUAUGGUAGUUCAAGACUUUAAUCCUUCUCCCGUGAGACGAGAACAUUCUGUUCACGCGCAACAACUGGAGGCUAAAAAAGUUGAUAUCGACCUACCAAAAAGACACGUCAAAAUUGAAGAAAUAUCAACUGAGUUAGUAAAUUCAGCUAUUGAAUCAGCUAUUCAUGUUGUUAAGAGUAAGGAAAGGUACUUGGUCACACAACCGCAAGACCUCGAAGAAAAUACUGGGAAGAGUGUUUCGCUUCAACAUAGCUAUGUUAGUAUUGAAGAAUCAGCAAUAUGUCAACUUGAAAAAUCUAGUCAGUUUGGAUUUGAGCGGCAGAAAGAGCAAGUUGAAGAACAAAAUGAAACUGAUACUGCACUCAUUGCACCAGAAGUACAAGAGCUGUCAUUGACUCCUAAAAGUUUUCCAGAAAAAUCACUAUUCACUCCAGGACCUGGGUUAGAAACUACACCAACUUUACAGUCUGCAACAGAACAUCAACUACUUAUAACACAAGGUGUAAUAACACAGUGUUUACCUACUUUAAAACCUGAAACUGAAAAGCCAGUACAUGCUCAACAAGAUGGUGUAACACAACCAAUUCCUAAUCCAUCAUCUAACACUGAGAAGCCAGCACACACACUCCAAGAUGACAUAACACAACCAGUACUUGAUCCAUUAUCAAAAACUGAACAAUCAAUACUUGCACAACAGAAUGAAUUAACACAACCAUCAACUACACUAUUAAUUGAAACUGAACAGCCAAUAACCACGGUAUAUGAUGAAUCAACUCAACCUAUAGCUGUCCCAGUACAUUGUCAACAGGAUGACUUAACAAAACCAGAACGUACUCCAUCAGCUGAAAUGGAAAAACCAGUGCAUUAUCAAUGGGAUGAAUUAACAAAACCAGAACCUACUCCAUCUGAAAUUGAACAGCCAAUACAUUAUCAAGAAGAUGACUUAACAAAACCAGAACGUACUCCAUCAGCUGAAAUGGAAAAACCAGUGCAUUAUCAAUGGGAUGAAUUAACAAAACCAGAACCUACUCCAUCUGAAAUUGAACAGCCAAUACAUUAUCAAGAAGAUGACUUAACAAAACCAGAACCUACUCCAUCAUUUGAAACUGAACAGCCCAUACAUUAUCAACGAGAUGAAUUAACAAAACCAGAACCUAUUCAUUCAUCUGAAACUGAACAGCCUGUACCCAGUUUAUGCGAUGAAUCAAAACAAGCAUUGUCUACCUCACAAUCUGAAAUUGAGCAAACAGUAUCCGUUUUGGAGCUUAAAACAGAUCCACUGUUACAAUAUUCACAGAUACAAUUACUAAAUUUAAUACAGUCUGAGAGAAAACAACCAUUAUUAGACUCUGAACAUGUUUUAGGUCAUUCACCAGCUAGGUUGUUUCCUGAACUAGUAUCGUACACACCAGAUGUUCUGCCUGAACAUAUCCUACUCCAACAAACAGAACCAGAACAACCAACAUUCACACCAGAUACUAAAUUAAAGAAACUGUUAACCAUGCAGCUACUUUCAGAAUCAGAUUCAAGUGAUUCAGACUUAGAAAAGCUCAAACCUGCUGCUCCAAAUGAACCAGAACAACUGAUACCCAUACAUACUGCUUCAAAGGAAUCUACACACAUUUCUUCAGUCUGCCCAGAGUUUGAACAUUUAAAGCAACAAACGACGGAAACUAUACCGCGUGAACAACCCAGUCAGUUAACUCCCUGUGAAAGUGAAAUAAGUACCAUACAAGCAGAAUCUCAAAUCCCAAACUUUGAAAUAGAGAAGCUUUCGGCACUUGGAAAGGUUGAGAGUGAUGAUGCACCAACAGUACAACAUAGUAUAACACCAGACCUUUCAGAACAUGAAAAUAUCAGAACACUGGAUGCUUUAGAGAAAUCUUCUCUGUUACCAUUUGGUGAGCUGCACAUGGCUUCAGCUGCAAAUGAAGUAACGGAAUUACCCAAAGAAUCCUCAACAGAUAACUUGGGGGUUGGUAGUACAGUAAUUGAGCUUGGAAGCAUUCCAGAUACGGUACCAGAAGCUGAAGGGGUUAUAGAGGAUGUUGAUUCAGACUCUGAAAAGGAUGGAGGAUGGAAAUAUGUAAAAGGUGAGGAGAAAUCUGAGUUAAUUUCAUCACCAAAAACUACAGAGGCAGAAGAGAUCGCCAUAAGUAAGUCCAUUACUUCUUCCAAGACCUUGCAUAAAGCUGGGACAAAGCCUAGUAGAGCAACCAAGCAAAAUAUGAUUAAACCAUCCAAUGAGAGGUCAAAGCAGGCUAUUUCUGUACUAAAACCAGAGAAAAUGAAGGAUAUUCAACAAGAUAGACCAAAAUUACCCAAAAAAGCAAGUUCCACUUUAAGACCACCAACUUCUAAAGAAGAUAUGACACGACCAGCAACAAAUAUUACUCCAAAGCCAGCUCGUACUCCAAUUUUUAAGAAACCAGUAGUAUCUAGUACCACAACAGUGCCUUCUGCCAAGAAGACUGUGUCAUCUACAACUUUUUCAAAACUUGGCACUAAACCAGUAAGUUCUGGGAGCACCACGCCGAGACAGCAGCUGUCCAAACCAAGACCAACACCAGCAAAACCGUCCACUCCAGUCACAGCACAAAAAUGUACUGAACCAUCACGAGGUAUCUCUUCUAGUAAAGCAUCAAAAGGACUAACUACCACUCCAAGAAUGGUGAACCAGAAAUCGGGUACUCUGCCACCUUCAACUAAGUCUAAGUCAGAAGCAGUAGUCAAAAACUCUGAGGAUGCUAUAUGUAGUUCUCUUAAUAAUUCAGCAACAUCAUCUAAAUCUCGAUCAACUCCUGGAAGAUCUCAAACAAUGAGCUUUUUAAAACCUUCUAGUUCCAUAAGCAAAAAACAUGAAGCCGUCAAAGGAACAUCAGUAGAUGAAACUACCACUUACAAACAGCAAAGAGAUGUAGGUGUCAAAAAAACUAGACCAACGUCAGCCCCUACUCCAAAAGUUUCUAGAGGAAACAAGCAGAUAAAGGAGUCAGUUAACAAAUGCAUUUCCACAGUUGGUCCUUCAAAACAAUCUUCAACAAAAAAAUUGGGAGAAAGGCCCAGAACUGCUCCUAGUUCAGCAACUGGCCAGAGGAUUAUCACACCUAAAACUAAAACAAUGAAGACAACCUCGCAGGUGAAAUCCAAUUCCUUAAUUCAUACUUCAAGAGAGGAGAGAGUCACAAAAAUGGAAGCUGUAGCCAAGGAGACAAGAGCAGAGGAAAAACAGCCAAAAGAAGACACAAAAUUAAUGGAGAAAUCACAGCUAGAUACAUUGCCAUCUUCUGAUCAAGAGAAGGGAUCUCUUGAAGAGCAUACUAAAGAGGUUGAUCCAGAUAAAGUUGAGGUUAUUAAACAUCCUUCGUUACUGUGUGAAGGAGACUCUUUGGCUCUGGCACAGGAAAUUUCAACAAUACAUGAAAAGACGGCCACAGAACAUAAGGAAGAAAUGACAGAAAUUUGAAUAUCUGCCUUUAUUUGUGUUUUAUCUGAAGAACUUUGGUGUUUACAAUAAUGAUCUGCUUUGCUAGUCAAAGGAAGUUUAUUGUCCCUUGUAUUACAUGCUACCUAUUUAGCUAAUGAGCAAUAAUGUGAUGUCAUAUUACUAAAUAAAAAAAAAGUCUGUUCACAACAGAUAUAAAAGUUGAAUCAAUUCCUAUGGGAAAAAAAGAGAAGUUCUUGGGAAGACAAAGUAUAUAGGAUUUUAAUAAAAUUUAACAACAUUAUCAUCAUAGACCAAGGAGCCAAGUAAGAAAGUAACCGAGCGGUUUAUUCAAGGAUAUUGGCUUGGUAUCUGUAUUUUUUCUUUUUGAUUAGUUAUAUUAGCCAAGAAAUAUUCCUUUUAUAAGUUAGCUGGUAGAACAAAAUCCACCUGGUGAUUUCUACCACAUAGAUCACAUCAACCAGCUUUCUCUUGUAACCAAAAAAGAUCUCUUCAUUAAGUUUAACUAUUUUUAAGUUUUGUUGUAAUAUUGUAUGAAUUUUGUUUAUAAGUUUAUUUUUCAAUAGCAAUAUUUUUUUUUUUCUAGUAGUUAUUUUUAGUGGCGAGUGAAAGUGUAAUUGAGAGAUGUGUAUUAUAUUUUUUAUGUAGUGUUUUGAAAAAAAUGAACAAGCGAAAAGCACUGAAUAACUAAUAAAAAAAACAAACGUGCUCCAACUUGUAAAUUAUUUCGGUGAAACCAAACCGGUUAUUUUAGAUUACUUAUUCAUGAAAAUAAAAUUGUUUUUAGGCCUCAAGUGAAGAUUGUAUACAUGUAAUUGUAUCAGGAUUUCCUGGAACCAAGAUGAAAAUAUCUUGGUUCCGGGACUGUUUACCAAAGAUUUUUGAAAAAAUAUUUAGCUAAGGAUAAAUCAUCUUGGAGAUUAGAGACGAGAUUGUGCUAUUGUAAAAUAAGGCCUAAACUAUCAUAUCAUAUAUAUAUAUAGAAAAAUAUUUAGAAUUUUUAUCAAAUUGUGGUAGUUGUUCUAUUUUCUUUU